AUACAGACAUUUUUGUAUCCGAUAUGCAGCGGCAGCUCUAGGGAGAGAGAGAGCCAUGGAGGACAAAGAAGCGAGGCUGACCAUGAUGCACCUGGCCAACCUCAUCAGCGUGCCCAUGGCUCUCCAUGCAGCAGUCAAACUGGACCUACCGGACCUCAUCUGGCAAGGUGGUGCCAACCUCCCCGUCUCACCCGCACAACUCGCGAGCCUGAUCCGAGCCAAGUUCAGCCUAGCAACCGAGCCAGACGCGGUCAACCUCCAACGCAUCCUCCGGCUUCUAGCCAGCCACGGCGUGUUCGAAGAGGUCCCCGACCACGGCAACGCGCCGGCCAAGGCUUUCAGGCUGACCGACGUCGGCCGGACGCUCGUGACCGAUGAUCAGGGCUUGUCGCUGGGCGCGUACGUGCUGCAACACCACCAAGAUGCUCUGGUUCAGGCAUGGCCUUGCCUGCACGAGUCCGUUCUUGACUCAAGCCAAGAGGCGUUCAAGAAGGCACAUGGCGUGUCUGCCUACGAGUACUACGUCAAGGACUCCGCCUGCAACUCGCUGAUGCAGAGGGCUAUGAGUGGGAUGUCCGUGCCGUUCAUGAGGGCGCUGCUCGAGUCCUAUGAUGGGUUCGAGUCCGAGGGGCUGAAGACGGUCGUGGACGUCGGCGGCAGCACCGGUUCUUGCUUGGCGAUGAUCCUGGAGAGGUACCCGGGAUUGCAUGGCAUCAACUUUGAUCUCCCCGAAGUUGUGGCCGAUGCGCCACAAUACCAAGGCAUGACGCACGUGGGUGGAAACAUGUUCGAGUCAGUUCCAGCGGGAGACGCCAUCUUCAUGAAGGGGAUUUUAGCUGGUUUUAGCGAUGAAAAAUGCCACAAGAUCAUGGAGAACUGCCACAGAGCUCUUCCGGAGAAGGGGAAGCUGAUUCUCUGUGAGCCGGUGGCGCCAGAGAACACCGACGCCAGCGUGCGGACUCGAGCACUUCUGGUGGGAGACAUAUUCUUGAUGGCAAUGUACAAGAGCCUGCACCGGGCUGAGUCCGAGUACAGGAAGUAUGGUGAGGCAGCUGGCUUCAGUAACUUCAGGUCACUGGACGUGGACCCUUACUUCACCCUCAUGGAGUUCCUCAAGUAGAUGAAGCUGCUUGAUUUUACUGAACUGUGGAGGUGUGAGCACCCAUGGCUGCCUCGCCUAGUCGUCUACUGCCGAACUUUUGGCCCUUGCUUGUGUGAAUGUUGAGUAAAUUUCAUUGGCUGGAAAAUAACGACAGUGUGCUGCUUGUUUAAUUACUUCAUGUUCUAGUGUGCUGCUUGUUUAAUUACUUCAUGUUCUUCCUUCGUUCGGGUAAAGAAUGAGUAGUGCGAUCUUUGCGUGUUUUCUUUUC